UACAUCCAGCUGAAGCUGGACCUGGAGCGGGAGACCAUCGAACUAGUGCACACAGAUCCAACGGACGUGGCCCAGCUGCCAUCACGGGUGCCCCGAGAUGCCGCCCGCUACCACUUCUUUCUCUACAAGCACACCCAUGAGGGUGACCCCCUGGAGUCUGUGGUGUUCAUCUACUCGAUGCCCGGCUACAAGUGCAGCAUCAAGGAGCGCAUGCUGUACUCCAGCUGCAAGAGCCGCCUCCUCGAUUCCGUGGAGCAGGACUUCCAGCUGGAGAUCGCCAAGAAGGGCCCCUGCCGUGCCUGGCACCCCCUUUCUCUCCUGGUGCAGGUGGUGGCACUGGCUGCAGCCCUGGCCCAGGGCACCCUGCCUGCUUUCAUGCCCUGUGAACUCCAGCCCCACGGCCUAGUGACCUGCAACUGGUUGUUCCUGAAGUCCGUGCCACACUUCCCGGCCGCGGCGCCCCGGGCCAACGUCACCAGCCUCUCUUUGCUCUCCAACCGCAUCCACCACCUGCAUGACUCCGACUUCGCCCACCUGUCCAGCCUGCGGAUCCUCAACCUCAAGUGGAACUGCCCGCCGGCCGGCCUCAGCCCCAUGCACUUCCCUUGCCACAUGACCAUCGAGCCCAACACCUUCCUGGCCGUGCCCACCCUUGAGGAGCUGCACCUGAGCUACAACGGCAUCACGACCGUGCCCGCCCUGCCCAGGUCCCUUGUGUCCCUGUCGCUGAGCCACACUAACAUCCUGGUGCUAGACCCCACCCACUUUGCCGGCCUACACGCCCUGCGCUUUCUAUACAUGGACGGCAACUGCUACUACAAGAACCCCUGCCACCGGACACCGGAGGUGGCCCCGGGCGCCCUCCUUGGCCUGGGCAACCUCACGCACCUGUCGCUCAAGUACAACAACCUCACGGAGGUGCCCCGCCUCCUGCCCCCCAGCCUGGAGAUCCUGCUCUUGUCCUAUAACCACAUUGUCACCCUGGCGCCCGAGGACCUGGCCAAUCUGACCGCCCUGCGCGUGCUCGACGUGGGUGGGAACUGCCGCCGCUGUGACCAUGCCCGCAACCCGUGCAUGGAGUGUCCGAAGCACUUCCCCAAGCUGCACCCCGACACCUUCAGCCACCUGAGCCGCCUCGAAGGCCUGGUGUUGAAGGACAGUUCUCUCUACAGACUGGACAACAGAUGGUUCCGUGGCCUGGGCAGGCUCCAAGUGCUGGACCUGAGUGAGAACUUCCUCUAUGACUGCAUCACCAAGACCACGGCCUUCCGGGGCCUGGCCCGGCUGCGCAGCCUCAACCUGUCCUUCAAUUACCACAAGAAGGUGUCCUUCGCCCACCUGCACCUGGCGCCCUCCUUCAGGGGCCUGGUCUCCCUGAAGGAGCUGGACAUGCACGGCAUCUUCUUCCGCUCACUCAGCGAGACCACGCUGCAGCCGCUGACACAACUGCCCGCGCUCCAGAUUCUGCGUCUGCAGAUGAACUUCAUCAGCCAGGCCCAGCUCAGCGUCUUCGGGGCCUUCCCGGGCCUGCUCUACGUGGACCUGUCGGACAACCGCAUCAGCGGAGCUGCAAGGCCAGCAGCCACCUUGGGGGAGGUGGACAGUGGGCCGAAGGUCUGGCUGCCAUCCAGGGACCUCGCUCCAGGCCCACUGGACACCCUCAGCUUGGAGCACUUCAUGCUAAGCUGCAAGAACUUCAGCUUCACCUUGGACCUGUCACGGAACAACCUGGUGACGAUCCAGCCAGAGAUGUUUGCCCGCCUCUCGCGCCUCCAGUGCCUGCGCCUGAGCCACAACAGCAUCUCGCAGGCGGUCAACGGCUCCCAGUUCGUGCCGCUGACCAGCCUGCGGGUGCUGGACCUGUCCCACAACAAGCUGGACCUGUACCACGGGAGCUCGUUCACGGAGCUGCCGCGACUGGAGGCGCUGGACCUCAGCUACAACAGCCAGGCUUUCAGCAUGCAGGGCGUGGGCCACAAUCUCAGCUUCGUGGCCCAGCUGCGCUCCCUGCGCUACCUCAGCCUGGCGCACAACGACAUCCACAGCCGUGUGUCCCAGCAGCUCUGCAGCGCCUCGCUGCAGGCCCUGGAUUUCAGUGGCAACGCCCUGAGCCAGAUGUGGGCUGAGGGAGACCUCUAUCUCCGCUUCUUCCAAGGCCUGAGAAGCCUGGUCCUGCUGGACCUGUCCCAGAACCGCCUGCAUACCCUCCUGCCAUGCACCCUGGACCACCUCCCCAAGAGCCUGAAGCUGCUGCGUCUCCGUGACAAUAACCUGGGCUUCUUCAACUGGAGCAGCCUGGCCCUCCUGCCCCAGCUGGAAACGCUGGACCUGGCGGGAAACCAGCUGAAGGCCCUGAGCAAUGGCAGCCUGCCGUCUGGUACCCGGCUCCGGAAGCUGGACCUCAGCGGCAACAGCAUUGGCUUCGUGACCCCCGGCUUCUUUGUUCUCGCCAAGCGGCUGGAAGAGCUCAACCUCAGUGCCAAUGCCCUCAAGACGGUGGAGCCCUCCUGGUUUGGCUCCCUAGCGGGCACCCUGAAAAUCCUAGACGUGAGCACCAACCCGUUGCACUGUGCCUGUGGGGCGGCCUUCGUGGAUUUCCUGCUGGAGGUGCAGGCUGCCGUGCCCGGGCUGCCCAGCCGAGUCAAGUGUGGCAGUCCGGGCCAGCUCCAGGGCCGCAGCAUCUUCGCACAGGACCUGCGCCUCUGCCUGGACGAGGCCCUCUCCUGGGACUGUUUUGGCCUCUCCCUGAUGGUGGUGGCCCUGGGCCUGGCUGUGCCCAUGCUGCACCACCUCUGCGGCUGGGACCUCUGGUACUGCUUCCACCUGUGCCUGGCCUGGCUGCCCCGGUGGGGGCAGCGGCAGGGCGCAGACGCCCUGUUCUACGAUGCCUUCGUGGUCUUCGACAAGGCGCAGAGCGCAGUGGCCGACUGGGUGUACAACGAGCUGCGGGUGCAGCUGGAGGAGCGCCGUGGGCGCCGGGCACUCCGCCUGUGCCUGGAGGAGCGUGACUGGCUACCCGGCAAGACGCUCUUUGAGAACCUGUGGGCCUCGGUCUACAGCAGCCGCAAGACCCUAUUUGUGCUGGCCCACACGGACCGGGUCAGCGGCCUCUUGCGUGCCAGCUUCCUGCUGGCCCAGCAGCGCCUGCUGGAGGACCGCAAGGACGUCGUGGUGCUGGUGAUCCUGCGCCCCGACGCCUACCGCUCCCGCUACGUGCGGCUGCGCCAGCGCCUGUGCCGCCAGAGCGUCCUCCUCUGGCCCCACCAGCCCAGUGGCCAGGGCAGCUUCUGGGCCCAGCUGGGCACAGCCCUGACCAGGGACAACUGCCAUUUCUACAACCGGAACUUCUGCCGGGGCCCCACGACAGCCGAAUAGCACAGAGCAACAGCCCAGCAUGCCUCAUCCCCCCACCUCUA